GCGUUGUGCCAUUGGCUCGCUGACCGUAGCCUCGCGCUCGCGUCCCGCUAUAAAAAGUCCCCACGCUGCUUCGCCCUGUCCACCGCAGCAUCCGCAGUUUCCCCCCGACCACACCGUUCCGCCGCGCACAGGAGAGCACAGCCCCCGCGCCCAGGAGUAAGUUUGUUCUUUUACCAACAUGUCGAGGGAGGAGAAUGUUUACAUGGCCAAGCUGGCUGAGCAGGCUGAAAGGUAUGAGGAGAUGGUUGAGUAUAUGGAGAAGGUGGCCAAGACUGUAGAUGUUGAAGAGCUCACUGUUGAGGAGCGGAACCUCCUGUCUGUCGCAUACAAGAAUGUCAUUGGGGCUCGCCGUGCUUCAUGGCGCAUUGUCUCUUCCAUUGAACAGAAGGAGGAGUCUCGUAAGAACGAAGAGCAUGUGAACCUUAUCAAGGAAUACCGUGGGAAGAUUGAGGCUGAACUGAGCAACAUCUGUGAUGGUAUCCUGAAGCUACUUGACUCCCACCUAGUGCCUUCUUCUACUGCUGCCGAAUCAAAGGUCUUCUACCUCAAGAUGAAGGGUGACUAUCACAGGUAUCUUGCGGAAUUUAAGACUGGUGCUGAGAGGAAGGAAUCUGCUGAGAGCACGAUGGUAGCCUACAAGGCUGCUCAGGACAUUGCUCUGGCUGAGCUGGCACCAACCCAUCCGAUAAGGCUUGGGCUUGCUCUUAACUUCUCGGUGUUCUAUUAUGAGAUUCUGAACUCCCCAGACAAAGCUUGCAACCUUGCAAAGCAGGCGUUUGAUGAAGCCAUCUCUGAGUUGGAUACCCUUGGGGAGGAGUCAUACAAAGAUAGCACUCUGAUCAUGCAGCUCCUGAGGGACAACUUGACCCUUUGGACCUCUGACCUCACGGAGGACGGUGCUGAUGAGUGCAAAGAAGCCUCGAAAGGCGAUGCUGGCGAGGGACAGUAAUCUUCGGACAGGGCAUGUUGUCUGAGCCCAUUGUUUUAGAUGCUCUAUGCUGUCGAAGCUGUGCCGUGCCAUUAUUGUAGCUGAUUUCCUCUCCCCCUCACUUUUUCUAGGCUGGUAGUAGUUCCCCAUUGCUUUGUGUUGCAGCUAGUUGGGCACUAGGUCCCUGUGGACUGGUAUUGUUCCCCUGGAUUUGACAAGCAUGUCUGUGGUUGCUCUAGCGUUUUAUUGAAGCUUUGAAGUUAUCGCAUUCAUUUUCGGUUGCAA